AGCCGCCCCGCUCCGUCCCCGCUCCGUGCCCGCUGCGUCCCCGCGAUGUCGCCGCGCUCCGCCCGCCUGGCGCGGCUGUCGCGCUCCGUCACCUUCAGCGCCUGCCACCGGCUGCACAGUCAAUCCCUGAGUGACGAGGAGAACCUGAAGCUGUUUGGGAAGUGCAACAAUCCAAACGGCCACGGACACAACUACAAAGUUGUAGUCACUGUGCGUGGAGAGAUUGACCCGGUCUCGGGGAUGGUGAUGAACCUGACAGACCUGAAGGAAUACAUGCAGGAAGCGAUCAUGGAGCCGCUGGACCACAAAAACCUGGACAAGGAUGUGCCCUACUUCUCUGAGGUGGUCAGCACCACGGAGAACGUCGCCGUGUUCAUCUGGGACCAGCUCCAGCAGCUCCUGCCCCAGGGCAUCCUUUACAAAGUGGAGGUGCACGAGACAGAGCAGAACGUCGUCGUUUACAAGGGAGAGGAAACAAUCGUGAAGUGAAACCGGCCUCGGAUCGGCUCCGAGGGUUCCCGCAGCCGUGCCCGGUGUCUCCCGCAGCCGUGCCCGCUGUCUCCCAUAGCCGUGCCCGGUGUCUCCCGCAGCCGUGCCCGGUGUCUCCCCCAGCCGUGCCCGGUGUCUCCCGCAGCCGUGCCCGGUGUCUCCCGCAGCCGUGCCCGGUGUCUCCCAUAGCCAUGCCCGGUGUCUCCCGCAGCCGUGCCCGGUGUCUCCCGCAGCUCCGGUGUCUCCCGCAGCCGUGCCCGGUGUCUCCCGCAGCCCCGGUAUCUCCCCCAGCCGUGCCCGGUGUCUCCCAUAGCCAUGCCCGGUGUCUCCCGCAGCCGUGCCCGGUGUCUCCCCCAGCCCCGGUAUCUCCCAUAGCCGUGCCCGGUGUCUCCCGCAGCCGUGCCCGGUGUCUCCCGCAGCCGUGCCCGGUGUCUCCCGCAGCCCCGGUGUCUCCCGCAGCCGUGCCCGCUGUCUCCCAUAGCCGUGCCCGGUGUCUCCCGCAGCCGUGCCCGGUGUCUCCCCCAGCCGUGCCCGCUGUCUCCCCCAGCCGUGCCCGGUGUCUCCCGCAGCCGUGCCCGGUGUCUCCCGCAGCCGUGCCCGGUGUCUCCCCCAGCCGUGCCCGGUGUCUCCCGCAGCCGUGCCCGGUGUCUCCCGCAGCCGUGCCCGGUGUCUCCCGCAGCCGUGCCCGGUGUCUCCCCCAGCCGUGCCCGGUGUCUCCCCCAGCCCCGGUGUCUCCCGCAGCCUGCCCGGGGCUCUGCGUUCCGUCGGGACCAGCGCGGGUGUUUCGCGGGGGCCCUCGCAGCGCUUUGCCCUCUGCCUUCUCAGAGCGGGUUGGUUUCUCUGCUUUUCCUCAAGACCUUCCUGUUUUGCCAAGCCGAGCCACGCGAAGCUGAUGUGAAAUCUCGAAUCGUGUCGUGCUAAAUAAAGCGGCUGUUGGAGAGAGGAGGCAAAAAUCACAAAA